CAAGAGGCUUGCUGGAGCCCUCUUCGGGUUCAGGGGCUUUCUUCCCCCCAGCCUUACCUUCUCCUCCCCCGCAGGAAGGCUGGCCCCCAACAAGGAGAAACCAGUAUGUUUGCCUGGAGUCCCUAUCUUCCCCCACCCGUGCUUGUAUUGUGUAGCGUUGACACUUCUCAGGGAGGGGGGAAAUUCCUGCCCAUUGUCUGUUUCCAAAUAUUAAUUAGCAUAAGCACAUGUAAACAAAGUCUGAGCUAAAAGAAAACAAAGGAAAAUCCUUGACCUGAAACAAUGCACGCACGCACACACACACACACACACACAGAGUAUUGUUGGCCAACUUCGCACACCUCCAGCAUCUAUAGGGUCCACAAGCCCAGAAUCCUCUAGGGACCCCCUCAUCCCAAACAAAGGGAGCCUGGUUGGUUCCCCAGAAGUCUUUGCAGCUCUGUAUCCUAGCAACCCUGCAGCUUCCCUUAUAUGAUCUGCCAGGCCCAAACAAGGAUGCAACCUGGUCCAGCGUGCACUAACGGCAGGAACAAACAGAUAAGGGAAGGGAGCAGGCUUAAUUAUAAGGAGUGGACAAAGCUGGGUACCUGGAUGGCAGAGGGGAAGGAAAGAGUGUAGAAUGGGGCAUGAUGGUGGGGAAAUAACGGGGGAUACGGCAAUGCUAGGCUGCUGUGUGGUGGUAAAUGGGGGAGAAGGCAGGCUGAAAUGUUGAAGAAAGAAUAUGGAGAUGUCACAGGUUUGCCAAAUCGGGCAUGGAAGAAUAGGAGCUUGGUGGAGAUCGUGGACUCUAGUCAUCAUACUGUCAAUGCAGCAAGUACUUCAUAGCAGUGGUAUGGAUGUGGACUAGUGCUAUUGUAGCUGAUUUAGCACUAACAUAGCAGCGUCACCUGUUCUGAUCCUGCCAGUCCAUUUGGGCUGAUAGCAAUUGGAAUAGGGAUCAGAACCCUGUGCAGCUUGUGGAUGUCAAUUUGACUAGUUCAUGUCAUUCAAGCCUUGUAAAUCUCUCUCUCUAGAAGUACCCACAGGCCUAGCCUUGGGCAGGCAAACCAUAUGCUUGAAAUGGAAAAAGGCAGUAUGACUUGUUGUGGGAUGGGAUGUAGUCCAUUAACUAGAUGGCAGUGGAGGCUUGGUACAAGACAAUACAAGGAAGGGCUUUGGUGGACUGAGAAUCAGCAUGAGAUCUGCAUGGAUCUCAUGCACCAGAGUCCCCUAUUCUGGUAGCCCAGCCAAGCCCUGCCCUGCUGUUAAAAGCUGGUGGUUCUUACAAUUCUAGUAACUCUGUAAACUUUCUUCCUCCCUUGAAUCUUUCCCCAUGAUUGAGACCCAUUAAACUCAUGACAUAAAAGCACAACAUGGCCAUUGCACAGCAGAAUGCUAGAAUCAGCUACCAACAGAAGGAGAGAAGGUUCCUGAACUAGUCACUCUCUGGCAGCAAAACUCUACAGGAAAGAGACAGGUGCAAGCUUGAGCAGCAGAACCUAUACCGCACUCUGAAGAACCCCUUCCCAUAGGCCUUCUUGCUGAGAGAACCUGGGAUUGCAGCAUUGGGCCCAGCUCGUUUGUGGGGUGACCUGGUUUCCAGAGCUAUCCUAAUCAUGCUCCCCCACGCAAACAAGGACUGACUUUAAGAAAGUCUCUCCCUCCCAGCUUUCCUUGUGGAAUCAUCUACUGCUUGUGUGUCAAAAGAUGGAAGCCACGCCAUGAGGCAGCAUCCCCCACAGGCGGUGGGGAGGGAGUGGGGAGCCUGACGUCGCCUCCGUGAGCCUGCAGAGCCAUGACGUCAACUGUACAGACCCUGCGCUUUCCGCUGCUCCCGCAUGUACCAGGCCAGGACCGGACACACAGCUGUGAGCAGGAGAUUGAGCGGCGCUACCAGGUGGUGCCCUCCGUGGUGUGUGCCAUGUGUUGCCUCUUUGGGAUCAUCUACUGCUUCUUUGGCUACCGUUGCUUCAAGGCAGUGAUGUUCCUGACGGGGCUGAUGUUUGGCUCCGUGAUCAUCUUCAUGCUGUGCUACAAGGAGCGGGUGCUGGACACUCAGCUGAGCGUGGAGGCCUCUGUGGGCAUCGGGCUGGGCAUCGGGGUGCUCUGCGGGCUGGUCACCAUGCUGGUGCGCAGCGUCGGGCUCUUCAUGGUGGGGCUGCUGCUGGGGCUGCUGCUGGCGGUGGCCACGUUGGUGGUGAUGGAGCAGUUCUACCACCCGCGCACCGUCUGGGUCCCCAUCGGCCUGCUGCUGGGUGUGGGCAUGCUGUGCGCUGUGCUUACCCUGCAGUGGCAGCGCCUCUUCACCACGCUCUCCACCGCCGUCUUCGGCAGCGCCGUCAUGACUGCCACCGCCGACUACUUUGUGGAGCUCUUCCUGCUGCUGCAGUAUGUCUAUGAGCGGGUCAAGGUGGCACCUGCCCGGCCCAUCUGCUGGUACAGCUGGGUCAUCCUGGGCACUUGGCCGGUCCUGGCAUUGUUGGGCAUCCUUGUGCAGUGGAAAGUCACGGCGGAGGGAUACUCGCACACUGAAGUGAUUAUCAGCCGCCAGCAGCGCCGUGUUCAGCUGAUGCGGAUUAAGCAACGGGAAGAGCGCAAGGAGAAAAAGAAGAAGAGGCGGCCGCAUCCUCACCCUCACCCACAGCACAAGGCCCACCCACCAGAGCCUGCCUACCGCCGCAAACCUAACCCUGUGCGUCGAUUUGAUGGGGAUGUGCUUUCCCCAAGCUACAUACAGAGCUUCCGGGAGCGGCAGACGGGCUCUUCUCUCAACAGCCUCCUGGCCAAUGCUCAUGCUGCCAUCGACAUAGACUAUGACUGUGGCUCCACCGUGCCCCUGACGACGGGCUCCGGCCCUGCCAUGCGGGUAUAGUCCAGCACUUCCCACCAGGACACAAGGACGCUGCCCCCACUUGGCCACAAAACUCCAGCCUGUGGAUGUAGCUCAGCGCCAGUGUGAUCAUCAGGACUUUCAAGGACUCUCGACUGGCAUUCACGGGCCUGGCCUGGACAUGCAGAUGUAGUCCAGCAUCUCUCACGCUGCAAGUAUCUGUGGAAUUCUCCCCCAGUGCUCCAUGGACUCUGACUAAGCCACUCUGAAAUGGAGGGCAAGGGAAGAGUAGGAGUGGGUGCUUGGGGCAAAGGGCUGAAGAGAGACCUGGUUGCAACCCACCCAGGCCAGGAUUGUGGAAUGCAGGACUUGGGGGAAGGGGGAAUAUUGGCUGGCGUGGCCAGGAGGGAAAGAGCCAAUUGCCUGCAGCCACACACCUCCUCUGAAAGUGACAAGAAACUGCCCAGGAUUCCCCACCCACCACUCCUGGACUGGCCCAUCGAUGGAGGGACCAUGGGGUGUUCCUGUGCGGUCUUGCCACAUGAUGGACCUCGUCCUUCUCCUGGGGUUUGUCCUUUUGUAAACUGAGACCCCCAAGGGCUGCCUUGGGGGUGCAAGUGCCCAGUGUGUGUGUGUGUGUGUGUGUGUGUGUGUUGAUGGCGGUAGGAUUUGACUCAGUUCACUCCAGUCUGGCUGGAAUUAGCCAGCUCAGGGAAAAGGGGUCCUCUGGCCCUGGGCCCCUCGCCCAUACCAGUGCCUGGCAUUCUGUUUCAAUGGGCGACUCAAGGAAGGGAGGGGAGGAGGGUGGGGGUUGGCACCCAGGUCGCCUGGGCUGGGCUGUGUAAUUGUCCAAGUGUGCAAGUGCGAGUGUGUGUGUGGUGGGAUGGACAUGCCAGCUGGUAUGGUCAAGGCCAUGAGCUUUUUGAUGCCCCCUGCCCCUGCCCCCUGCCCUGCUCCCCAUCCUGGGAUGAGGGUUGGACAGUGAGGGGCAGUGCCGGGGAAGGGAGGAGGGGAAUACCCAUGUACAUAGUCUUGUUGCAGUUAGUUGUAUUAAUUUAUUAUUGACAAAGAGCUGGGCCUGAGGAGCUCCGCUGGACCCAGCGGGGGUCAGCAGAAGGCUGGGUGAGGAAAGAGGAAUCAAUCCGUACAGGCUUCUUUAUCUUCCCCCUCAGGCCCACAUCUGUGCUUACCCCUUUCUGCUGCCUCAUCUCACAGAGCUAGGGGGUGAGGCUGAGAGAGAGAGAGAGUGAGAGAGAGAGAGUGUGUGUGUAUGGGGGGUGGGUGGGGGGAUGUAGUGGGAGGUGCUUCCCUGCACAGGAGCCUGUCGGCCCUAAGCAGCCCCACAAUUGGGUUUUGCCUACUUGUGGGGGAUGCAAGUCCCUCCGUGUCUCCAUCUUUGAGGGGAUGUAGAGGAAAGGAUUCAGCUUCCGUUUAGGACAAGUGGAGGACAGGUAGGCAGGCAGGUGCGGAUCCAGCGCAGCUUCAGCACGGCCUCUCCUCCCGGGGGAAACUGCAUGUUUCUGUCACCAAUCGCCACUGUUGUCACCACAGAAACCUUGCACUCUGGUUCUUCUUUGUUUUGUCUUCCCCUCCCCUCCUUUUUUUGUAUAUGUGCCAAACGCUGCCAGAUGCGGCUGCGCAAGUAAAAAAAAAAAGCCUUUCGGA